AGCCUUCACUGGUGUCUUUUCCUCGCCCUCGACAACAUCUUCACGAAAUCGCCGAUUCAUCCUUAUAAGCCAAAUCAGUUAAAGCUAGCAUCGAAAUUAUAGUGCACCAUGUUCGACAAUUUCUCAAUGCGUCAUGUUCCAGCCCUCUUGGCGGCCACGCCAAUGUUCCUCGGUGGGCUUUUCCACGGUCUUAUGAAGCCGAAAGAGGCUCUGCUCACCUACGGCAUGUCGGAGAGAACAGCCAACUCACGUGAAGGCCAGAUUGUCUAUUACGGUCACACAAUGAGGACAAGUACGCUAGGUCUCCUGGUCCUGGUCUUUUAUCUCCGGGGCGACCUUGCCGCAGUCGACACAACGAUGACCAUCAUGGGAUCGUACUGCGGUUUGGCCGAUGUGUUUCUCCUCUGGCGCUACGGAGACCGCAGCAAAGCUCCUGUACGGCUCCUGAACGUUUCGCUCAUCGCUGCUUGGGGCUUCGCUGGUAUGACGGCUAGCUCUGAGAAGUGAAGACAAUUUGUAUGUACACAACAACCAUACAACAAAUCUUAAAUGGUUUUUUAUAUGAGCUCAGUCUUCAUCCAGAAUAUGUACCUAGUGAACACAAGGUCAUAGUCGGCGAAUCGGUCUACACAACUCUUCAAGCCAUGCACAGAGAUCCAGUUUAUCACACUAAAGCCUAUGAGUUUCAUGGGUUCAAAUUUGUUAAGCCGACUCUUUAAGGAGCGACCCCAAAGUUGAAUCUGGAGAUGCCUGAGCUUGCAAAAUCGUUUGAAGCCUCCUCAUUCCUCGACUGACAGCUCCGAGGAACUGGAGCGUAAUGCCUGGUAAGUGAUCUCCUAGCCCCUUGUUCUCUGUUGGCGAAGAUAUCGAUCUAACUGGCUCACAAUGAUCCAGUCCGGACAGGUUCUAACUCACCAGGGCUGAUGAAGAGGGUUCUGAGCCUCUCCAUCCCACGAUAUAAUAUGCAACCUGAGGAUACGGAGCAAUCAAGAUAUUUAUUUUUUAAUUGCGCAUAUUCAUAUAUCCAUUUGAUUACAAUCCAAUUGUGCUAAGACCUUGCUCCGCUUCUAUU